UCUCAAGUCAUUUUAGACACCACAUGUUCUGUGAGAAAUCUGUUUCAGCUGCUCAACGGGACAAAUAGAUCGAGACCAAAUGAUUUUGGGAUGAGAAAGAAAGAAAGGGAGGUGCCAUCAUAUAUGAGUCAGUGUUUGUUCAAUAAGUAGUGCCAUAAGCAUUGGCAUGGAAUCUGAAACAACAACAACAAAGCCAAGAACAAGUCGAAGUGGAAGAGGCUAGAAGAACAGAUCCUCUCACGUGCAAAACCAUCAGAGAGAGAGAGAGAGACUGUAGUAAUUUGUUUCUUCUCCCCAUGUCGAAUUAUGACGAGAUUUUAGGGCUGAUAUGGGAAAAUGGCCAGCUAUCCAUGCAUGGGCUUGCUGGGCUUCAACCUACUAACCCUACUCAGGAAAAGCCCAUAUUGAAUAGUGCCCACGACACAUUGGAGUCUAUUGUUCAACAUGCCACGUGCCCACGUUAUCAACCGUCAAAAUUCACUAGGGAAAAAGGCCAUGCCCCUACUAGUAAUAGAAAGAACAACUCCAUUGGUGCACCCGAUGGUGGUGAGGUUCAAGGUGUGCCAUCGUCGGCAAGGAAAAGAACAUGGUCCAAUGCUAACAACAUGUUGGAAGAAUGUGAUAUCCUCAGUGGUUGUGCUAGUGCUGGUGCCACCUUUUGUAGGGACAAUGAUACAGCCAUGAUAACAUGGGCUUCUCUUGAAUCUGGUCGGAACUUGAAGACCAUAGAGGAAGAUUCAGCUUGUCACUGUGGAUCGGAAAUUCGAGACAACCAAGAUGACAGAGACAGCAAAGCAGAAGUAGGCCAAAGCAACUCAAAAAGACGAAGUCGAACUGCUGCCAUCCACAACCAGUCUGAGCGGAAAAGAAGAGAUAUAAUUAAUCAGAAGAUGAAAGCCUUGCAGGGGUUGGUGCCUAAUGCAAAUAAGACAGAUAAAGCUUCAAUGUUAGAUGAGGUGAUAAACUACUUAAAGCAGUUGCAAGCACAGAUCCAAAUGAUGAACAGGACAAGCUUGCCCCAAAUGAUGGUGCCUUUGGCCAUGCAACAGCAGUUUCAGAUGUCAAUGCUAGCCAGAAUGGGUGCUGCUGGGCUUGGCAUGGGAAUGGGCAUGGUGAACAUGAACAUGGGGAGAUGCUAGGUGCACCCAGCAAUUUUUAUGAAUGGACAAUUUUGCCCUUUAAUAAAAAAUUAUAAAAAGCCCCCCCCCUCUCCGGAAGAAACUUUUCUGCUGCUGCUCAUUCCUUCCGCGAAGCUUGUUCUCCAUUCUCUGCGAACUGCUUCUUCUUCUCCGGCAAGGCAAGCGCGAACCUCGUCUUCUUCUUCUCCGCGAACGAGGUUAGUCUCCCUAACUCCCCUUUGCUUGUAUGAUACAACAUUGUUAUAGCGUGUAGCAGUGGAACCUUAGGAUAGUUACCUUAGGAUAGUAACCUUAGGGUAGAAGACGAGAAGAGAGGACGCCGAAAAAAAUGGGGAAAGGAGGCUGACGGUGGAGACUUCCGGAAGACCCGUUAGGGGUUCUUCCGGAAGUUCCAGAAGAACAUUUUUCGGAAAGUUUCCGGAAGAAGGGUUCUUCCGGAAGUAACCAAACGUCUUCCGGAAGAACACUUCUUCCGGAAGAAUCCCGGAAAAACCUCUUCCGGGAAUUUUCCGGAAGAAGUGGUUCAUCCGGAAGAAUUCUGGAAGACGCGCACUUCCGGAAGAACUUUCAAAUUUCCGGAAGACCUUUCCGGAAGA